AUGGCAACAACUACAGCUCGAGCCCAAAUCCCGGCUAUGAGACGUACUAUCACUUCCGAGACAGAGUCCACCGUGACCUCCGCCGGUGUCUCCCCUACGGAUUCGCCAAACCACUCGGCCUCGUCGACUUCGUUGUCCUCUCUCGGCUCAGAGACUGAACUCAAGAAUCAACAUGGCCAAUUGAUCGACACCUACGGCAAUGAGUUCCAGAUUCCAGAUUUCACCAUAAAGCAGAUUCGUGAUGCUAUCCCAGCUCACUGCUUCGAGCGUUCUGCUGCCACUGGACUUUACUAUGUGGCUCGCGAUAUUGUCUCACUUGCUGUGACUUUCUACCUCUUCAAUCGAUUUGUUACUCCCGAUAACAUCCCCUCGACCCCCAUCCGCGCUGCUCUGUGGGCCUUCUAUACCUUUGUGCAAGGGCUGUUCGGUACUGGUCUGUGGGUUCUCGCUCACGAGUGUGGCCACCAGUCAUUCUCUCCCUCCAAGACUCUGAACGACACUGUUGGGUGGAUCUGUCACUCAGCCCUUCUUGUUCCAUAUUUCUCAUGGAAGAUCUCCCACGGCAAACAUCAUAAGGCUACUGGUAACAUUGAACGUGAUAUGGUUUUCGUGCCCAAGACUAGAGAGGUAUAUGCCUCGAGGGUUGGAAAGCUCGUUCAUGAGAUUCAUGAGCUGACCGAGGAGACUCCUAUCUUCACAGCUCUGCAUAUGAUCGGUCAGCAGCUCGCCGGAUGGCCCCUUUACAUCCUCAUGAAUGUUACCGGUCACAAUUACCACGAGAAGCAACCCGAGGGUAAGGGUAAGGGCAAGAAGAAUGGUUUUGGAGGAGGUGUGAACCACUUUCAGCCUUCCAGCCCUCUGUACGAGCGCAAGGAUGAGCAUCUGAUCCUCCUGAGUGACCUCGGUCUUGCGAUUACCAUGAGUGCUCUAUACUUUGUCGGUAGCAAGUAUGGUUUCACCAAUCUCCUCGUUUGGUACAUUAUCCCCUAUCUAUGGGUUAACCACUGGCUCGUUGCAAUUACUUACCUCCAGCACACUGAUCCCUCCCUGCCUCACUACGAAUCCAGCGUCUGGACGUUUGCUCGGGGUGCUGCUGCAACCAUUGAUCGGGAGUUCGGUUUCAUCGGACGACAACUUCUGCACGGGAUCAUUGAGACCCACGUCUUACAUCACUACGUUUCUACCAUCCCCUUCUACCACGCCGAUGAAGCCACCGAGGCUAUCAAGCCAGUCAUGGGCGUGCAUUACCGCUCUGACACAAGAGGGGGUCCCAUUGGUUUCUUGAAGAGCAUGUGGAGAUCCGCUCGCAUGUGCCAGUUCGUCGAGCCCAGCGAGGGCGCGAAAGGAGAAGGUCAGGGCGUACUGUUUUACCGCAACCACAACGGACACGGACCCUCACCCCUGAAGUUGUCGCCAUCAGCUUCCUAG